AUGAAUAUUUACUCCACACUGACAACUGGGCGUUCUAUUGAUACUACAGCUAAUGAAAUAAGAUCGUUUGUAGGAAUUGAGUUGAUAAUGGGGGUAGUCCAAAUGCCAGCAAUCGAAGACUACUGGGCCAUAGAAACGAGAUAUAGUAUUAUUGCCGAUGUUAUGCCUGUAAAGCGCUUCAAGAAAUUGCGAAGACGCAUACAGUUUCAGGAUAACAAUACUGAUCCGCAAGGAGAUAGAUUAUUCAAAAUUCGUCCCCUUAGAGAAAAACUGCGACAAAAAUGUAUAGGUAUCGAAGAGGAAGGUUUGUUUUCUAUAGAUGAAAUGAUGAUUGCUUACAAAGGCAAGAAAGCUGGAAGUCUGCGCCAAUAUAUGCCUAAAAAGCCAAACAAGUGGGGGUUCAAGAUGUUCGUUCGAGCAGGCGUGUCAGGGAUUGUGCAAGACUUUCUCAUCUAUACCGGCUCUAGUACUUUUGACGAAAUUCUAUUUUCAAAGGAGGAACAACAAAUGGGACUUGUGCAAAAGUGGUACUUGUCCUGUGCAGAACUAUUCAGAAACCAGAAGAGUCUUUCGUCUAUUUUGAUAGCUUCUUUUGUUCAUUGGAACUAA